GCUUAUCUUGAUGAAAUCAAUACAUCUUCUUGUAUGGGACUUUUCAAAGAAAUUAUAAUUGAUAGGACCAUUGAUGGAGAGGCAAUAUUAGACAAUGUAUUUAUCAUAGCUGCUUGUAAUCCUUUACGUGGAGACAGCACAAUUCAUUUACAGAAUGUAAAGAAUGUUUGGGUUAAGCCAAGUUAUUAUGUUCGUGAGCUUCAUCCUACAAUUGAUUAUCUGAAAUGGGACUAUGGAGCAUUAAAUGAUGUUCAAGAAGUAGAAUACAUCACUGCUAAAAUGAAUGAUUGUACUAAAGAUCAACCUGAGGCUUUUACUUCUGGUCAAUUAACUUAUUUCAUUGUUGAAAGCCAAAAUAGAAUGAGGCAAUAUGCUAAUAAAAUGUUGGCAAAUAAAGGAGUUCAUGUAUUGGAAGCCAUGAAGUGUUCUAGAAGUUGUGUUAGUCAAAGAGAUAUUCAGCGAGUAUUUGAUUUCUACAAGUGGUUAUUUGGUACAUACAAAGCCUUCCAACGCUAUACAACUACUGAAGAACAACAGAUACGAGCAUUACUAGUGUCACUGGGCUUAGUAUACUAUUUGAGACUACAAGAAUUGGACAGAGAAAGUUAUGCUGAAUUUCUGGACAUUCAAUGUAGAGACCUGCUAGUUCGAUGUAACUUUACUACAGCUUUCAAUGAUGAAUUAGAAUGGUACAUAGAGAGAAUGAAUCUACCUCCUGGAAUAGCCAAAACUAGAGCUUUGAAAGAGAACAUAUUUGCUAAUAUAGCUUGCUGUCAAACACACACUCCUCUCAUUAUCAUUGGAGAGCCAGGAACAUCAAAAACACUAUCAUUUAAUUUAGUUAGUAGCACCUUCAAAGGAAAGUCCUCUAAAAAUGAAGAAUUGAAAAAUACAGUUGCUUUUCAUGCCUUACAGCCAUUUUUUUAUCAAUGUUCAAAACAUACUAAUUCAGUUGAGGUUGAAAAUAUUUUUAAGCAGGCAAUUAAACGCCAAAGGGUCUUUGCCAGCUCUAAUGUUCCCACCUUUUGUGUUGUUUUUAUGGAUGAAGCAGGUCUACCUGAAGAACGUCAUGAGUCACUUAAAGUUUUACAUUAUCAUUUAGACAAAAGAGAAGUAUCUUUUGUAGCUAUCACUAAUCAUGCACUGGAUGCUGCUAAAACCAAUCGUGCCAUCAGUCUCUAUCGCCCUGAAACAUCAACUGAAGAUCUUAAAAUAUUGGCUAAAGAUUUGCUUCGUACAUCUACAGCUAUGACAAUGAAGAGUGAUAUUAUUAAUAAGUUUUGUUCAUCAUUCAGUGCAAUGAUGGAAGAUCCAAAGUACCAAAAUUUUUAUGGACAGAGAGAUUUUAUGCACUUUAUAAGUUACAUUAGAGGAAAACGAGGUGCUGGCUUUCUUACUGAAGAUAUUGUUCUUCAAGCAUUGGAGAGAAACUUCAAUGGGCAUGAAAAUUUUUCUGAAGUUUUUGACUACUUUUUGAAAGUGGUAGGUUGA